UCACUAAAUCAAAGUUUUGUCUGACAAAAAAACAAUGAUUGCUCAUUGAAGCCUCGGCUACAAGGUAGUAAGUAGUCUAACCUGCGAGCUUAGCCUUCCAAUUCAAAUAUGAUGCUCAAGAAGAGGAGGGCCAAGAAAAUGCGUUUACGCAGUAAAGUUGAUUAAAAUGUACGAUAAAUGCCUUCAAAAUGGCUGCGAGCGGUUCCCGAAAUCUCCCCCUCGACAGACACAACAGCUCUCUUCUCCAUCAAGCCACCCUGACGUGUGUUCCACGCCUGGAUUUGGACCCGCACCGGAAUGUGUUUUUGGUAGUAACACAAUCCACAACAAACACAGCAGCUAAGAAUAGAACGGAGUCAGUAAGUCAGUCAGAGACUUUGGAGGUCCGGGGGUCUUUACGCAGCACGGCCAGGCAGCGGAAACCAGGCCCGGGCGAGCUUUUUGAACUUCUCCUGUCAACUCUUCUUGAAACUCUUUGUUGUUGUUGUUGCGUUUUUGGGACCGGGUCAGCGUUUGAUGAACUUGGGCCUUGAGCCGGCGGGCGUCGCAGGGCGGAGCAUGGAGGACCUCCACAAGCAGCUGCUGUGUCCCGUCUGCCUUGAGAUGUUCACCAAGCCCGUCGUCAUCCUGCCCUGCCAGCACAACCUCUGCAGGAAGUGCGCCAACGACGUCUUCCAGUCGUCCAACCCGUCGUGGCAGUCGCGCAGCUCGUCCGGCUUGGGGAGUCGCUUCCGGUGCCCGUCGUGUCGCCACGAGGUGGUCCUGGACCGCCACGGAGUCUACGGUCUGCAGAGGAACCUCCUGGUGGAGAACAUCAUCGACGUGUACCGCAGAAACCAGGACUGCAGGCCGGCCAGCGUCAAGCCGGAGUCGCUGACGUGCGACGAGCACCACGACGAGAAGAUCAACAUCUACUGCUUGUCCUGUCAAACGCCGACGUGCUCCAUGUGCAAAGUGUUCGGGCGCCACAAAGAGUGCGACGUGGCGCCGCUCGCCAGCGUCUACAUCAGGCUCAAGACGGAAUUGAGCGACAGCAUCGCCGGAUUGGUCGCCUGCAACGACAACAUCCAGGCUGCCAUCAUGCUCAUGGAGGGAGCCUGCGACGCCGUCCAGGAGAACGGUCGCCGCCGCCGGGAAGAACUCGCCGGCCAGUUCGAGACCCUGACGGCCGUCUUGGACGAGCGCAAGCAGGAGCUGGUGGCGGCGAUCACCAGGGAGCAGGACGAGGAGCUGCAGCGUUUGCGGCGAGUCAUCGGCGAGCACGGCCAGAGGCUGGAGGACGGGAGGCAGCUGGUGGAGACGGCCGUCCACGCCGCCGACCACACGCACGCCGCAGUCUUCAUCCAGAAUGUCACCGUCAUACUCGACAAGAUGUCGGCGUACGCCCGCCACACCAACGUGCUGCAACCGCAGACGUCCUUCGACGACAUGAGCCAUUUUGUCAUCGACGUGGACGACGUCGCCGACGUGUUGAACGACAUCCGCUUCCGACACGGCGAAGACGACCUCGAAGCGGACUGACGGCGAGCCGAGCGGCGGUGAGGGGUCGCACGAGCACUGGAAUCAAUCCGAGCUGUGAUCAGGCAGGAGGCAGGGCCCACCCAGUCAAUCGUAGGGCACGUGGAGACAAACGGCCACGCUCACAAUCGCGCCGACGGGGCAGAACCGUGAGGGCGACACUCGAGCCAGUUCUGCCAUAGUUGUUAUAAUCCAAACUUAUUUAAUAUCGUCAAACUAGAAAAUCUUUUUGGGAAGUGGCGAAUAUUGUUUACUUCCUCUUGACGAGUCUUUUUGGUCAAGCAGCCAAACUAUAUAAAAAUAGAGAAUUAAAUUGUACAAUUCCUCAUUCUUGUUUGACUUUAUUACACAAGCGUAGUUGAAAUGCGUCAGUAUCACAUAUCCAUCCGUUGUCCCAGCCGCUUAUCCUCACGAGAGCCGGAGCCUCUC